CAAGGAGCCCUAAGGGAGGCCGCGGCCUGGGCACAGGGCGGACUCGCGGCCCAGAAUGCUGUCCCGCAAGAAAACCAAAAACGAGGUGUCCAAGCCGGCCGAGGUGCAGGGCAAGUACGUGAAGAAGGAGACGUCGCCCCUGCUACGGAAUCUCAUGCCUUCAUUUAUCCGGCAUGGUCCAACGAUUCCACGACGGACUGAUAUCUGUCUUCUGGAUUCAAGCCCUACUGCCUUUUCAGGAGAUGGGAUAGUUUCAAGAAACCAGAGUUUCCUGAGAACUCCAGUUCAGAGAACACCUCAGGAAAUAAUGAGAAGAGAAAGCAACAGAUUAUCUGCGCCUUCCUAUCUUGCCCGGAGUCUCACUGAUGUCCCUAGGGAAUACGGCUCUUCUCAGUCAUUUUUAACAGACGUCAAUUUUGCGGUUGAAAAUGGAGACUCCGGUUCCCGAUAUUACUAUUCAGAUAGUUUUUUUGAUGGUCAGAGAAGGCGCCCUCUUGGAGAGCGUGCACAUGAAGACUAUAGAUACUAUGACUACAGCCAUGAUCUCUUCCAAAGAAUGCCACAGAAUCAGGGGAGGCAUGCCUCAGGUAUUGGGAGAAUUGCUGCUACAUCUUUAGGAAAUUUGACUAACCAUGGUUCUGAAGAUUUGCCCCUUCCUCCUGGUUGGUCUGUGGACUGGACAAUGCGAGGGAGAAAAUAUUAUAUAGAUCAUAACACAAAUACAACUCAUUGGAGCCAUCCUCUUGAACGAGAAGGACUGCCUCCAGGAUGGGAACGAGUUGAAUCGUCAGAAUUUGGAACCUACUAUGUAGAUCACACAAAUAAAAAGGCUCAAUAUAGGCAUCCCUGUGCUCCUAGUGUUCCUCGAUAUGACCAACCUCCUCCUGUCACAUACCAGCCACAACAAACUGAAAGAAAUCAGUCUCUUCUGGUACCUGCAAAUCCAUAUCAUACUGCAGAAAUACCUGACUGGCUUCAGGUCUAUGCUCGAGCUCCAGUGAAAUAUGACCAUAUUCUGAAAUGGGAACUCUUCCAGCUGGCUGACUUGGAUACAUAUCAGGGAAUGCUCAAAUUGCUUUUCAUGAAAGAACUGGAACAGAUUGUUAAAAUGUAUGAAGCCUAUAGACAGGCUCUCCUCACAGAGUUGGAAAACCGAAAGCAGAGACAGCAGUGGUAUGCCCAGCAACAUGGCAAGAACUUUUAAGUCAAUCUUUUAAAAUAAAAUGUAUAAGGGCUUUACUGUUAUCACAAUUCAAAUACUGCAAAUAAGUACUUUGUAAUAAAGGCAGCUUACUUUUUGGAAUGUAAA